GGCGGGCCGGCCGAGGAGGCGGGACACGUCGGUGCUGCCUCGGCCGCCGCCGCCCCUCCUCGGGUUCCAGCCGCCGCCGCCGCCGCCGCUUCCUGGGCCGAGCCCGCCCGCGGCCCCAGCGGCGCCAGCUGCCCUCGCCCGCCGGCUCCCCCGGUGCCGCCCGCCCGGCCGCCCGCCCGCGUCCCGGUCCGCCGCCGACAUGGCGACACGCUCGUGUCGGGAGAAGGCUCAGAAGCUGAACGAGCAGCACCAGCUCAUCCUGUCCAAACUGCUGAGGGAGGAGGACAACAAGUACUGCGCCGACUGCGAGGCCAAAGGUCCCCGAUGGGCUUCCUGGAAUAUUGGUGUGUUUAUUUGCAUCAGAUGUGCUGGAAUUCAUAGAAAUCUUGGUGUUCAUAUAUCCAGGGUCAAGUCAGUCAAUCUAGACCAAUGGACAGCAGAACAAAUACAGUGCAUGCAAGAUAUGGGAAAUACUAAAGCAAGACUACUUUAUGAAGCCAAUCUUCCAGAAAACUUUCGAAGACCACAGACAGAUCAAGCAGUAGAAUUUUUCAUCAGAGAUAAAUAUGAAAAGAAGAAAUACUAUGAUAAAAACGCUAUAGCUAUUACAAAUAAAGAAAAGGAAAAAAAAAAGGAAGAGAAAAAGAGAGAAAAGGAAACAGAAAAGCCUGCCAAACCACUAACAACUGAAAAGCUGCAGAAGAAAGAUGAUCAACAACAGGAGCCUAAGAAAAGCACCAGCCCCAAAAACGCUGCAGAGCCCACAGUUGACCUUUUAGGACUUGAUGGCCCUGCUGAGGCACCAGUGACCAAUGGGAGCGCAACCACAGUGCCACCUCUGAAUGACGAUCUGGACAUUUUUGGACCAAUGAUUUCUAAUCCUUUACCGGCAACGGUCAUGCCCCCAGCUCAGGGGACAGCCUCUGUACCAGCAGCUGCUACCCUGUCUACCGUGUCAUCUGGGGAUCUGGAUCUGUUCACUGAGCAACCUACAAAGUCAGAAGAAGUAGCAAAGAAACAACUCUCCAAAGAUUCCAUCUUAUCUCUGUAUGGUACAGGAACACAGCAAAGCACUCCUGGUGUGUUUAUGGGACCCACAAAUAUACCAUUUACCUCACAAGCACCGACUGCAUUUCAAGGUUUUCCUUCCAUGGGCGUACCAGUGCCUGCUGCUCCCGGUCUUAUAGGAAAUAUGAUGGGACAGAAUCCAAGCAUGAUGGUGGGCAUGCCCAUGCCCAAUGGGUUUAUGGGAAAUACACAGACUGGAGUGAUGCAACUUCCUCAGAAUGUUGUUGGCCCUCAAGGAGGAAUGGUAGGACAAAUGGGUGCACCACAGAGUAAGUUUGGCCUGCCACAAGCUCAGCAACCUCAGUGGAAUCUCUCACAGAUGAAUCAGCAAAUGGCUGGCAUGAAUCUCAGUAGUGCAAACCCGACUGCAGGUUUUGGCCAGCCCCCAAGCACAACAGCAGGGUGGUCUGGAAGCUCGUCGGGGCAGACUCUGAGCACACAACUGUGGAAGUGAAAAGCUUCAUCCAGAGUUUCAUCCAGAAUCAACACCCGGCAUUCCUCACUACAGAGGCAUCUAGUUCCCAUUUAUUCAUGUACAUAAUGUAUUUUCUUUUCCCCCAUUUGUUCACACAUUAACAAUUACCUGAUUGACCGUGUUGGUCUGUGCUGAUUAAAUUUGAUGUGAAAGCAGGUUGAGAAACCAUCUUCUGUGGAGGGCAGCUUUGCUCUUAUUUCCCAUGAUGUCAUAGGCCACAGUGAGAAGCUGCUCAGUUAACUCGCAUAAUCGGUUUUAUUCUCAAAAUUAUAGCUCUAAUGUUUGCAUAUAAGGGAAGUAGUUAUCAUGUUAGUAAUACUUCUAACAGUAUAAACCCCACCCCCAAAUUAGCCAGUAACCCUGUAGGAAGGUACUGUAUGAUCAAAUGUUUAAUCAUAUAGAGUGUAAAUGUAUCACUGAACACUGUUUUCUAGUGUAUCAAAUUCUUUUAUUCAUCACUCAUUUCACUGUGCUGUUAUGAUGUGCUUAACAGGGAACAUGGUUAGUAAAAGGAGAUAAACCUGGAUGUUACUGUAAAACUUAAUGUCUCAAAAAUUCAAAUUUUUGCUGUCUCUUGUAAUUGGGACCUUUUCUCAUGUACAUAGUGCUAAUAUGGAUACCUUUUCUCUGCACUAUAUGCACACAGGGUAACUAAAACAAAGCCACUUUUAAUCCUUGAAGGUAUAUCCAGGUUUAUGACAGUAAUUGUGUUUACAUUUUAUGGUGCCUAGUAUUGACAAAAUGUUAUUUCCCUAUAUUAAACAGAUGAAUCCACGCA